CACCCGUGUCCUCCAGGUGUCAGUCUCAGCACAAAGAACAACCCCCUAUUGUGUCUCCGUGUGUAUCACCUCAUCCGGCUCUCUCUCUCACCGCCCCACCUCCCGCUUCCCCAGCAGCUCGGCUCCUUCGCCCUAAAAACGAGAGUUGGCAGUCGAGCGCGCUGCGGGGGAGCAUAUCGCCCCCGAAUUUCUAGGUCCCCAAGGACCACUCUCCGCGUGGACCGAAAGCAGACCCCGGAGGACUGGACCCAGCCCGAAGCCCCUCGCGUUGACCCCUGGAGAGCUGAGUAUGUCUCCCCUCGGGGCUCCAGCUAGGUUCUCCACGACGGACUCGGGGCUCGGGGUCUGCCUCGCCCCGCCCCUAACGGGCCGCUGUGAAAACCCGGCCGGGUGGAUCGCUGCGGGCCGGCUUCCGCACGCCCCCAAACCGGGUUGUGCAGCCUGGCGGCCGGGCCGCCUGGGCUCGAGAGUGAAAAUACGGAACGGUAGAAAGCUGCAGCCCCAGCGAGUGGGCGGACGAGGAGAUCUAGGAGGGUUCAAAAGGAGGUGGAGGGAUAUGCUGGCCGCAGUCGGAACUACUUUCAGGAGGAGGUCACGUGUGUUCCUAGUUGGGGAACUUUCCAAAUUCCCACUCCCCUAUGAUGGCUCGGGAAGCAAGUGCUUCCCCGCCCUCGCCUGGGGUGCUCCUGCCCGGCGGGACCCCCGCCUCCGGGACGCGGUGGAAGAGCGGGCUUACAAGAGCCUUCUGCCUGAGCACUGUCGGUGCUGGUGCCUGGGGAGCUGUUACACAAGCACCCACAUUUCGAGCACGUGCCCCCGCCUCCCUGCACGCUGGCCGCAGCCCCCGAUUCUCGCAGACCACCGAGGGAGAGCUCCCGAACUGCUCCCACCCUUCGCGUGCUACCUACCGAACAAGCUAAAGGGCCGAGAUCGGAGCUCCGGGUGGGCCAACACUGCGCGUUCCCAACCGUGGGAGAACGGGCUGGGCCCCAGGGGUCUGGCAUCUCCCUCGCUAGCGCCCUACCCCUUAGGGCGAUCCAUUCUGUGCUGCGCUCACAGGGCAAAAGGGUAUCUGCUGCAGCAGCCCGCUGCUUGAAUUCACCAGUGUUGCAACAAACUUCCAGUCACUACCCCGAGCUGGUGAGCGCACCCCACCUACUGUAGACUCAGCCGAGUGACUUAUCUGGUCCGAGAACCCAGUCAAUGGCCGUCAGCCCAGAACAAACCUGUCAAGUCUGCUAACCGUCGCGAUUGGUUGACCUACCCCCGUGAGAAGGCUGGUUCAGAAAUUCUGAGAACUGGAGCGCAUUUGCCCUGACAUUGAUCAGCUGCAAAGUGAGUGGUCCACUUUCUACUAGAAGAGAAUGAGCACCCACCAACACCAAUCCCGAAUUUCUUCCCUUACUUUCCCCUGGGAGGUAGAACUCACGGAGACAACUGGAAUCCGACAUAUAAGUUGAGACCUAAACUGAGGCACUGGAUCAUUUUGUUUUGUUUUCUUUUUCUCUCUUUAUUUCUUUCUUUUUAAAAAUCUGGGAGAAUGGGA